CUUUACUUCCUGUUACGAUACACGGAAACGUUGAAGAAGGCUGGGGAAAUUCGUGUCGACUGACCAGAGUCCACGAAUUUUUUGGAGAAAUUUAUUAAAUAAAAGGUGCAAACAAUGUCAGCUCACAGCUUUGGAGUGGCUCCCAUAACUUGUCAUGCUUGGAAUGGCAAAGGUUCAGAGAUAGCAAUAUCUAAUAAUGACCACAACAUUGAGAUAUACAAGAAAGCUCCAACUGGUUAUGACCUGACCUCUACCCUCUCUGAGCACGGUCAGAGGGUUACAGGGAUAGACUGGGAACCCCAGCACAACAGGAUAGUGACCAGUGGGGCUGAUAGAAAUGCAUAUGUAUGGGAGUUCAAAGAUGGUAAAUGGAAGCCUUGCUUGGUCAUCUUGAGAAUCAACCGUGCAGCCACCUGUGUCAAGUGGUCUCCAAAUGGUGAUAAAUUUGCUGUGGGCAGUGGCUCUAGGCUGAUUUCCAUUUGCUAUUUUGAGGAAGAAAAUCAUUGGUGGGUCAGCAAACACAUCAAAAAGCCUAUCAGAUCAACUGUUAGCUGUUUGGAUUGGCAUCCCAACAAUGUUUUGCUUUCUGCUGGAAGCUGUGAUUUUAAAGCAAGGAUUUUCUCUGCUUACAUCAAAGAAAUCGAAAGCAAACCCACUUCUACCUGCUGGGGAGCCAAAAUGCCUUUUGCCAACUGCAUGUUUGAAGUCUCCAAUGGUGGUGGUGGAUGGAUCCAUGACGUAUCUUUCUCUGCAAGUGGAGACCUUUUGGCUUUUGUAGGCCAUGAUUCCAGUAUCAGUGUAGUUAAUGGAGCUAAUCAACAACAGUUAGCUGUUCUGAAGGGAUCCUUUCUGCCUCUGAUGAGUCUGACUUGGGUGGGCCCUCACAGCAUUGUGGCUGCCGGCCAUGACUGUCUCCCUAAGCUGUACAGAUACAGUGAUGAUGGAAAAGUGACCUUUGUCAGCGACCUUGAUGUUCCAAAGGAGAAAGAAACUGGAACAGUGAGUGCCAUGAACCGUUUCCGAAACCUGGAUAAGAAAGCAACAGCAGAGGCUACCACUGACCUGAAGACGAAGCACCAAAAUACAAUCACGCAAGUGUCUAUCUACUCAGGAACUAAAGACAACUGCAGCAAGUUCUCUACUACUGGUAAAGAUGGUCAGAUGAUCAUCUGGGAUGUAAAGUCCCUUGAAAGUUCCAUUUCUGGCCUGAAAAUUUCUUAGAGAGUGAAUACCACAGUCUUUCAGAAACUUUUUACUUCUAAUGUGGACCUUCAUUAUAAGCUGAAUUACCUGUGACUUUGCUUUGCUGAGGAUGUUUUAUUUACAUAAGCAAUAACAGAAAAACCAGACCAACACAUGCAAAGUUAUCUAUUGUUCAUUUUUGUUUAAUCACAUUCUGUGUACUCAUUUUAUAUCCACUUUUUAAUAAAAGAUUUAUUCCUUUAA